CUCCUCAGAUUAAAACAGUGACUCUUGGAGAAGCUGAAAACCUUGCCCAAAUCCCUUGGAGGCUUCAUGGGCUCCUCUCCGAGUCUCCAAGGGGCUCAGGGGCUUCUCGGCCCAUAGGUGGAGCAAUUGUCUAGGCCUUGCCCGCCGCCGGAACUAAAUUUUCAGCGGAGCCGAGGCGGGUAUGGGUCCGAUCUGCGCCUUCACGGCCCGCGCACCGAUGCUGCGCUCGCUGCGCCUCCUGCGCCCUUGGAGGCCCUUCGGGGUCCGCGGCUGCGCCUCCGAGGGGGUGGGUGGUGGGUCGACAAUCAAACUUCAGGGUUUAGCCAACCCCUCCCCUGCAGGAAUCACAGAGAUUCUGAUGAACAGACCUCGAGCCUGCAAUGCUCUGGGGAACGUCUUUGUGAGUGAGCUGCUGGACGCUCUGGCCCGGCUGCGUGAGGACCAGCAAGUGCGUGUCCUGCUCUUCAGAAGCGGAGUGAAGGGCGUGUUCUGUGCAGGUGCAGACCUAAAGGAGCGGGAGCAGAUGAGUGCUCUGGAGGUGGGGGUCUUUGUCCAGCGACUCCGAGGCCUGAUGAAUGAGAUCGCAGCCUUCCCUGCGCCUACCAUUGCAGCUAUGGAUGGGUUUGCCUUGGGCGGAGGCUUGGAGCUUGCCUUGGCCUGUGACCUCCGAGUGUCAGCUUCCACAGCUGUCAUGGGGCUGAUUGAGACCACUCGAGGGCUGCUCCCAGGGGCAGGAGGGACUCAGAGGCUGCCACGCUGUCUGGGGGUGGCCCUGGCGAAAGAGCUCAUCUUCACUGGCCGGCGACUGACUGGGAUGGAGGCCCACGCACUGGGGCUGGUGAACCACGCAGUGGACCAGAAUGAGGCGGGCGAUGCUGCCUACCACCGAGCACGAGCCCUGGCCCAGGAGAUCCUGCCCCAGGCCCCCAUUGCUGUGCGGCUGGGCAAAGUGGCCAUUGACCGAGGAAUGGAGGUGGACAUUGCAUCGGGGAUGGCCAUUGAAGGGAUGUGCUACGCCCAGAACAUCCCAACCCAGGACCGGCUGGAGGGCAUGGCAGCCUUCAGGGAAAAGCGGCCCCCAAAAUUUGUUGGCAAGUGACCUCAUGCACAGGAGAUGCACCCUGAAGGAGGCUCGCAGCAGUACCACCUCAUCACUGGCCUUCGGUUCCUUCACCAAGGUGGUGAUGGAUACAAAAUGACUGACCAAGACUCUGACCACACCACCUCCAGCUGCCUUCCUUUCUCCUCGCCCCAUCUAGAUGAUCACUGGUGUUGGUUUGCUUUGGAGAACGAUUGGCUCUCCCUAUACACAUAGCAAACCACAGGUUAACGUGAACCCUUUUGGCUCUGUAUGGGUGACUCUCAGGGCAUGAUCUCUGCCUCUUCACCAAGGUGCUUUUAUCAGACACCAAAAUGUUGUAUAAAACCUGUUUCUUUCUUUGGACAAGAAUCAAUCCUAGUACUGGUUGAGCCUGUGUCAGGAAUUGAACUGCAGAGUCCAGUUACCAGCUGUAUAACCUUGGAAAAACUUUGGACCUCUUUAGGCUUCAACCUUUAUCUGUGAAAUCAAUCUGCUGAAGAUUUUUUUAAACCCUCAUGUUCAAAAAACGCAUUAUAAAUGUUCACCUCUAGUGUAUUAUGGGAUCAAA